AUGGACUCUCCUGCAGCGAGCGUCCAACGGGACGCUAUCGACUCCACAGACCCUCACCUCACGGACCCGACUUUGCUGAAAGAUCAUUCAGAGUUCAAGUCCUAUACAACAAGUCGUUUCACAUACUCUGGAAUCCGAGUUUUCUACCGACAACAUGUCAAGGCAGACGAACUACCCCAAAAACCUGCCCCAUUACCACUAUUAGUAUUUCUGCAUGGCUUGGGCGGCUCCGUUGCCCAGUUUCAUCCUCUGUUAAGUAGUCUGGUGGAUGUGGCUACCUGCAUGGCAAUUGACUACCCCGGUUGUGGCCGAUCUGAUUUCUCGGUCCUUGAUUGGGAAGCCUACACGACGGAUGCUUUGGUAGAGCUUUUGGAAACAGUCAUUGAGGACUAUCGAGACAAGGACGCAGGCCAACGAGUGGUCCUGAUCGGCCAUAGCAUGGGGACAAGUCUCGCUGCUAAGUUGGCCAACACCCAAGUCGACCAUACAACCUCGCUAGCCGAGUACGUCGUAGGAUUGGUGGCUAUCUGCCCCGUGUCAAGCCCUCCUGGUGAAUCAAUAACAUGGUGGGCUCGGAUGGGACUUUGGGCUCCGGAGUGGAUGUUUGAUCUGUGGCGAGCAUGGAACGGUCGGGGAGGACACAACAGUGCCAGCGUCAGGCGUUUCGUUGGAAAGGAUGCCGACGAGGCUACCCGAAAACUUCAAUAUCGCUUUAACAGACAGAGUCGAACCCCAGUCUUUAGACGCAUUGCCAAUGGCGCCCUACCACUCUAUCAUAACGGCAAACCCAAAGGCGGUCUCCCGACCCUAGAAGUCUGGGCAGGAUUAAAUAUCCCCGUCUUCUUGAUAGGUGCUGAAGGGGACACUGUUGUUUCACCUGAGGAAGCCACAAAGAUUGCUAACGCAUUGGAUCCUGACAAGACUCUGCCAGAAUCAGGGGCAUCAGGAGAGACACACGAGGCUAUCGUCGAAGCUGCUGCCCCCGUCAACUCUUCUACAAGACCGCAGGAUCAUGUUCCACAAGCUAUUGAAGAUAUCAAUGACGAUGACUUCACAAAGGCCAAGUCUACGGUGGUUCCCAGUUCAGAAGAGAAUAGCCCCAAUGAUCCCUCAACCCCCAACGAGACUAUGACUGAACUACCUGCGCAACCGAACCAUCCCAGGAAGGUAGUGAAGACCACUGUUAUGCCACUACCUGCAACACACGCUGUCCUAUACGCCCCUUGCUCAGUUCGUGCCGUUGCCGGGUUAAUUUCUGAUUUCCUGGCCACACACGUUACUGGAAGACUCUCCCUGGCCUGGCAACUGCAAUACCUCAACCGUGAGGGAAAAUGGGACGUCAAAAAUCUCAACAAAUGGAAGUCUGUUACUCCAGUAUCCGAGCCGAUUGGACGUACUGGAAAACCCAUCUUCCGGGCACUCAAGACACUUCGUGAAGUGGAUGAUGUCCAUUCUCCACAGAGUUUUAUUUCAAAUUGGGGUUCUAUCGUCAAAGAUAUCAUUGAUAUCUCUAAAGACCAGCCUCACUAUGACCCACGCGGCUUAGAACGAGCUGGAAUCCAUUAUCAUAAGUUCCCCACAGUUUCGAAGAUACCCCCAGAGGAUCGUGAGGUUAAAGAUUUUAUCAAGUUGGUUGACGACCUCCGAAAUCGGCAGCCUGCGCGCGCUACCGCCGAGGGCUGGACAAAUCCCGAUCAGUGUGUUGUUGGAGUGCACUGCCAUUACGGCUUCAACCGCACGGGAUACUUUAUUGUAUGCUAUCUCGUUGAGCGGUGCGAUUUCGGGGUUCAGGAGGCUAUCGACACAUUUGCCAAGGCGAGGCCUAAUGGGAUCCGUCACUCGCACUUUCUAGAUCGUCUGUAUGUACGAUACAAUGUUGGCUCGGCUUCUGCAAGCCGGCCAUGA